AUUGAAUGUCACGUUAUUUGUGUAAAUGUUUGCCAUUUAAAGCAUCGUUUGAUUGCUUUCUAUAACAACAUUGCAAUCAAACGACAAUUGAAUUGCAAUUUAAAUCUUAAAAAUCAAUUCAUUUAGUGAUUAAAAAUAUCAUUGAAUUGUCGGUCAAAUCGAUAGUUGGGAUCAAUUGGUAAGCGAUGGGAGUUCCGGCAUUCUUCAGAUGGUUGUCAAAGAAAUAUCCAUCGAUUGUUGUCGAGUGUGACGAUGCUGUUCGUGGAAAUGCCUACUUUGAUAACCUAUACCUCGACAUGAAUGGUAUAAUCCAUCCCUGUUCACAUCCAGAGUAUAAGGCAGCUCCAGAAACGGAAGAAGACAUGUUUUUGGCUAUAUUUGAAUACAUUGAAAACAUCAUGAAGAUUGUCAAACCCAAGAAGUUAUUGUAUAUGGCAGUGGAUGGAUGUGCUCCCAGAGCUAAAAUGAAUCAACAAAGAAGUCGCAGAUUUCGCGCAUCGCAAGAGUCCAUCGAAAAGCUUUUGGAGAUUCAAAAGAUUAAACAAGAGUUGAGAGACAGAGGUAUUGAAGUGAAAGAUAAGCCCAAAGAGGCUCACUUUGACUCAAAUGUCAUAACACCCGGCACUCAAUUCAUGAUUAACUUAAGCCAUGCAUUGAGACAAUGGAUUGACGAGAAGCUGAGCUCUGAUAAUGAAGAUAAAGACGGCAUUUGGCCUAAAGAUUUAAUUGUUAUUCUUAGCGAUGCAUCGGUUCCAGGAGAAGGAGAACACAAAAUCAUGGAAUAUAUCCGAAAACAAAAGGCACAGACGGAGUCUUAUAAUCCUAAUCUAUCGCAUUGUCUAUACGGUGCAGACGCCGACCUCAUUAUGUUAGGUCUGGCCACUCAUGAACUCAAUUUUACUAUUUUAAGAGAAGAGUUCAAACCAAACCAACCGCGACCGUGCGAUCUUUGCGGUCAAUUGGGUCACGACAUGAAAGAAUGUAUGGGAACUGAACGACCAUUAGAUGAAGAGCCGUCUUUAGUACCGACGGAACCCGAAUUUAUAUACAUUCGUCUCUGUGUUUUACGGGAAUACUUGGAAAAGGAGUGCUCGACAGCUGCCGUUCACUUGGAUUUCGAGCGAUUUAUUGAUGACUUUGUUUUCUUAUGCUUUUUUGUCGGAAACGAUUUUUUGCCUCAUUUGCCAUCACUUGAAAUCAGAGAGAAUGCAAUCGAUCGACUCAUUAGUAUUUACAAAGAUAUAGCCGUUAAAUAUCCCGAUCCUAACCCUUACUUAACUAAAGAUGGCACCGUUCGUAUGGAAAGAGUUCAAUAUGUUCUUCAAGAAUUAGGAGAAGUUGAAGACGAAAUCUUUAAGCAAAGACAAGAUAAUGAGAUUCGUUUUAAAGAACGCCGAAAGCGUCAGAAACUUCAACAACAGCGACAACAAGGUUUUGAUUCGCAAUGGAUGAGACCCGAGGCUGUAGUUCGCGGACAGAGGCCUCAAGUUUUUGAUAACACUCGCGAUGAGGCUUUUAAGUUAAGAGCUACUACUUGUGUCGACAAUUUAAGUGCCGCACAAAAGCUCAAAGCAAUGCUUAAAGACGGUCCAUCAGAUCAACAAAACAAUGGCUCAAAUGUUGAUACUUCUCAAAACAACAAAAGAAAAAGUGAUGUUUUGAAUGACGAAGACUCAGAACCUGAAGAUUUGGUUCAACUGUAUAACGAAGGCUGGAAAGAGAGAUAUUAUUUGCAUAAAUUUGAUUGCAGUUCAUCUGACAUCACUGAAGUUAGUUCAAUGGUUGCCAGAGAGUAUGUCAUAGGUUUGUGUUGGGUUUUGAUGUACUAUUAUCAGGGAUGUUGUGAUUGGAAAUGGUUUUAUCCAUUUCAUUACGCGCCGUUUGCCAGCGAUUGCAAGAAUAUCACAGAAAUUGAAAUUAAAUUUGACCGCAAAAGUAGACCAUUUAGACCAUUGGAACAACUGAUGAGUGUAUUUCCGGCCGCAUCCUCACAGAAUCUACCGCCGUCUUGGAGGGCACUUAUGACUGCUUCCAAUUCAUCCAUAAUAGACUUCUAUCCAAAUACAUUCAAAAUCGAUUUGAAUGGCAAGAAGGCUGCGUGGAUGGGCGUCGCUCUCUUACCAUUUAUCGAUGAAGAACGACUCUUCAGUGCACUCACUAAUGUGUACAAUAACUUGACUGAAGACGAGAUUAUACGUAAUUCUAGAGGAAGUCAUCUUAUAUUUGUUUCCAAAAUUGAAUCAGAUUUUUCUGAUUUUGCUAAAGAAGUAGUAAAUUCUCCCGCAAUGACAGAAGUUUGCAUAAAUUCCGAUGUAUUUAGAGGUAUAUCAGGAACUCUAUGUAAGAGCGAAAAGUAUUCUUCGGUCUAUAAGAGAGUAUUUUGCGCUGUCUUUGAGGACCCGGUCUAUGACUCGGACUUUAUUUUUCCGGCCCUUCGUCUGCCAAACGCAAAGGCUCCACAAAUCGUUCUUAAACCGGAAGACUUAGAAAAGUUAGACCGAUAUAAUUGGAGACCAACUAUUGGUAUGAAACCUCACUAUCAAAAGGCAUCCAUUAGUGAAGCGGGAAUGAGAAUGUUUGGCCAUUCUUACCGAACACAAGAUAAUCAAAAUCCGUACUCUAAUAACCGAGAAUACAAUAGAGACCGAAAUGCCAAUUAUGGACAAUACAAUAAUCCAUAUAAUAGACAACAUCUGACCAGAGAUUCGGUUCCUCAGCAGUACAAUAGUUAUUAUAAACCACCGAAUUCUUACUCGAGUAAUCACUUCCAACCGGUUGAUAGCAGUUAUCAAUCGAGAAGAUAUCAGUCAAAUCAACAGACACAGAGUUCUUCUUCAAGUAAUUAUAGAAAUGAUCGCCAAAGCUAUGGACGUAAUCCAGAUCAUCGCUCAGCGAGUAAUACAAAUAGUUACCAAAAUAGUGGUAAUCGAAAUCAAAGAAGUGAUUAUCAAAGCGAUCAACAAUACGGCUAUUUGUCGACCAAUUUCAACCCAUCGACUCAAAACUAUUAUCAAACCAGUGAUCGAAAUGAUAACAGAAAUUCAAGACAACAUCCGUAUGACAUUAACCAGAGAUCUUCAAAUAGACAACAACCGUAUUACGGAACUAAUUCACAGCAAAGACCAAAUCAGAGAAGUGAUCCAUGGAAUAGACACCAAUGAUUUUCAUUUGUCAAUUUAAUCAUGAAUUGAUUGCAAAUUUUAAUUUAAUGCAUAUGUUAUAUACACAAGUCUAUUGUAUAUA